AUGCGCGCAUCCAGCUUGGUUCUUGGUGGAUUGGCCACGGCUCCGUCGUUGGCAGCCGGAGCGACCUGCACUUCUCACACAAUCAAAGUGACUGCAAGAGCGAGCAAUCGCGUCAUAUUCGCGCCCACCACUGAUCUCAACUCGCCCUCAGGCGUGCUCUCCAUUCUUGGAUCAGGUGCGGGCUUGCUCGGCCAACUGACUGGAUUCAUUCCCGUUUCUGGCACAUACGAUAUUGCUGCAAAGUUCUGUCAACCACAACAGAACCCACAGGCUCCAGCAGAGCGUGCAACCGAAGUUCAGCUACUGCUUCAUGGAGUUCCGUACAAUUCCAGCUACUGGUUCGGCCUACCUGGAAACCCCGACGGCACUGCUGAAUAUGAUUGGGUCGAAUACGCCACCAGCCUUGGCUACCCGGUCCUCGCAAUCGACAAUCUUGGUGCUGGAGACUCACAGAAAGCCAACCCGUUGACUGAGGUGCAACAGCCACUGCAAACUGCAAUAGUCCAUCGCAUCGUACAGCAGCUCCGCGCAGGAGAGCUGAGCUUCGCACCAAAAGCCUCCAAAGUCAUCUUUGUUGGUCAUUCUCUGGCUUCGGUUAUUGGCAAUGCCAUUGCAACGAAAUUCCCCGCAGACCUCGACGCCUUGAUACUGACGGGAUGGAGUUAUAAUCUUGUCCAAGCCGGCUUGGGUCUUCUCUUAACUCUGGUCACACCAGCACAACUCCAGAAUCCUGCAAAGUUUGGUUCUUUCCCUCCAGGAUAUCUGGCCUUCGGAUCUCGUCAAGGGAAGCGCGACGCCUACUAUGCAGAAGAUGGCACAUUCAGCUCAGCGCUCGAGCAAUGGGACUUUGAACAUCAGGACACAAUCACCUUGGGCCAGAUAGUGUCAGCUUUCUCUGGACUACAGCGAGCAGAUGCGUUCCGAGGCGAUGUCCUCGCUCUCACCGGACAAGAAGAUGCAUUCUUCUGCGGACCAACUGGGUCACGCGCGCUCGGACCUCAGACCUGUGGUGAAGGUGACAACAGUGUACCCGCGAGAAGCAAGUCCUUCUUUCCAAACGCCAACUUCGAAUACGACCUCGCGCCCAACACGAGCCAUGCUACGACGCUCCACUAUAGUACACCUGGAAGUAUCAGGGCCGCGCAUGACUUCCUGGCGAGGAGUGGAUAUUGA